UCGGAAGCUACGGAAGAUCGCCAGGGACGCUGUUUGAAAGUUUAGGUGAGGCACUGACGAAAAUUAUCGAUUGUUUAACGAAAAUUAUAAUGCUCCAAAAUGAAGAAAAUAUUUAAAUCAAAAAGUUCUAAAAAGUCGGCAAGUUCUUCUAGCCUUGGUGCCACUAAUAAUGCAGAAAAUGGAGGAUAUGACGUUAAAGAAAAGGAUUUACCGAAGUUACACAAGGCCGCUUGGCUGGGAGAUGUAAACAAGGUGAAGCAGCUGGCAAAGAAGGCAGCCGACUACAAUCAAUUAGACAAGGAAAAUAGAACUCCACUGCAUCUAGCUUGUAGUCAAGGUCAUAAGGAUGUUGUGGCGCAUUUGAUGUCAAAUAAAGCGAAGCUAAAUUUGUGUGACAAUCAUAACAGGUCACCUUUGAUGAAGGCUGUCCAAGCUGAUUGCGAAGAUAUUGUUGUUAUUCUACUGAAACACAAAGCUGAUCCUAAUCUUGUUGACAAGGACAGUAACACCGCCCUCCAUCUGGCUAGCAAAGCCGGCAGUGUGAGCAUUGCAGCUCUAUUACUGGAUAGCGGAGCCCUUAGUAAUGCAUCAAAUAAGGAUGGCAGGUCACCCCUUCAUCUUGCUACAAAUGAAAAACAUGACGAGGUGGUUGAACUAUUGCUCCAUCGAAAUGCAGAUGUGAACGCUGUCGACAAUCAGAACAGAACUGGUUUGAUGUUGGCUUGUCUAACAGAUCAGAUAGGUAUGGUGAGGUUAUUUCUUGACCACAAGGCCAGCACUGACAUCAAAGAUCACAAAGGAUGGACAGCAAAUGACCAUGCCAUUAUGGGUGGCUACCACGGCUGUUCACAUCUCAUUGAUGAAUACCAGGCAUCCAACAGGCCUCGGUCUCGUGGUACCAGUCGUCCAGGCACUGGUAUGUUCAGCUCAGGUACUGUGGAUUCGGAUAACUUUGGCUAUGCUUUGGGUGGACCUGCAUUGGAUUAUGGAGAUGAUGAAGACGAUGAAAUCUCUGCAGAUAAAAUGUCCAAUGGAGAGGAUUCGUGGGCAGUGUCGGCCUCAGAAACUGAGGAACCUGCCAAACAAGUUCUUAAGCAGGAAACGGAAGAUUCCAGCCAAAAUGAUCUUAAUUCUGAGAAAGCUGCAUUGCCAAAGCUAACAAAGUUUAUGCCAGAAUCGGACACAGAGUCUGUUAAAAGUCAGGGUGUUGGUGCUAAAAAUGUGUCCCGGUCAGGCAUCCCACGAGCGGUUUCACGCGAGAGCAUCAAGAGUGUAACGUCUGUCAAGAAUGAUAAGCAAACUUCAAAGAUUCCACGCCUUGCUUCUGCCAAUCCUGACCACACCCCUGUUACAAGCAAGAAAGCUACAAAAGACUUGAAGCAACAUGUACCAAAAUCAGGGUUCGGGUACGGUCCAUCCAGUGACCAGAUCAGUCCCAUGUCAACACCCAGGGGCAGUAUGACAUCAUUAGGAGAUAGUGAAUGGGACGAUGAUGACGUAUUGGCAGCCCUCGAGGGUAUCCCUCCUCAAAAGGAUAUGAGGACACCAAUUGCAGAAGAAGAGGAAGAUGAUACAGUUACUCCAGUGCCAGCCUCAAAAUCUAAAGGAGGAAAACUAACUGAAAGUGACAAGAAGAUGAGAAAAGAUGUUUUGAGUAAACUUGGAAUGAGUGAUGUGGAUGAUGAUGAUGAUGAUGAGGAAUCGGAGCAGUUCAGUGAAAAAGCGCCCUCAAUUGAGCAGAGAGGCUCUACCUUAAAAAAGAAAGCGGAGGUUGUUUCCAAGGCAACAAAGAAUGACACUCCAAGAUCAGUACCGAAUGAUAUGUUUGAUGAUGACUGGGACUCUGGUGAUGAUGAUAUGCUGCCAUCACACGCCUCAGACAACAAAGUAGUUCAUGCGCCACCUGCCACAAGAAAGAAUGAUGGUGGAGGAACAGCACAGGGAACUCCUGAUAAGAUGACUGGUAUUCAGGAUGAUGGUGAAGAUGAUUGGGAUACAGACGAUGAAGAGGAAGAAGAGAGUGAAUGGGAAAAAGAAAACCGAAGACAAGACGGUAAAGGUUCCUUGGCUAACAGGAAAGACAAUGAGGAAGACGAAGAAAUACUCAGGCAAGAACAAUGGGAUAAGGAAAUGAAGGAAAGAGAAGAACGAAUGAAAAGAGAAGCAGAGGAAGAAAUACAACAAGAGAAGGAGGAAAAAGAGAGGCAGCAAAAAGAAAACGAACGAUUUAGAAAGGAAGAAGAAAGGAAACAGUUAGAAAAACAGAAGAAGGAGGACGAACUGAAGGAGAAAGCAGAACUUGAAAGAUUGCAACGAGAGGAAAGAAAGUUAAAAAAACAAAGACAGGAAGAGCAACGUAUUGAGGAGGAAAGACAAAAAGAGGAACGAAGAAAAGAUGAAGAAAGAAGAGAGAAACAAAGAAAGGAGGAAGAAAGAAGAGUGCAAGAAGAAAAGGAAGAGUAUAGAAAACAACAAGAAAAGAUUAAAAGGGAAAGAGAGAGGGUUCUUGAGGAGGAAGAACUUGCUAAAAAGAGGAUCCACGAUUUAGAAAAAGCUGCAGAGAUUAAACGAAAGGAAGAGCUGGAAAAGCAAAAGCAACUAGAAAAAGAAGCAGAGAAAAAAAGAGUGGAAGAAGAAAGAAAGUUAAUGGAGAUUAAGUCAGAAUUUGAAAAGAAACAGAUGGAAGAACGUAAGAAAUUAGAAAGAAUGAAAAGAGAAGAAGAGGAGAGAUUAGAAGCUGUAAGAAUUGCAGAAGAGGAGAAGAGAAUUUCAGAAGAAAAGAAAUUAGAAGACAUGAAAAAGAAACUUGAACAUGACCACCAAAUGAAAGAGGAAGAAAGAAAGGAAGAACUUAGAAAAUUAGAAAUUGAAAGGCAGAAAUUAAAAGAAGAAAAAAUUAGACAGGAGAAUGAAUGGAAGAAAAAUGAAAAAGAAAGGCAAGCUCAGGCAAAGAAAUUGGAGGAAGAAGCAAAGAGACGAGCAGAAGAAAGAAAAAUUGAAGAGGAGGAGAAAAUUCAAGCUGAGAAGAAAAGACAGGAUGAGGAAAGGCAACAAUUAGAGAAACAGAAGAAAAUGUUAGAAAUUGAAAAAGAGGAGAUAGAGAGAAGAAGAGAAGAUGAAACUAGAAGAUUGAGGGAAGAAUUUGAACGUCAGCAAAAGGAACAGAAGAGACAACUAGAAGAAGAAAAACUUAGGCUUGAGGAGGAACGUCUAGCGAUGGAAAAACGACUCCAAGAGGAAAGGGAAAAUCUAAAGAAGGUGGCUUCAGGUAAAAUGACAGAAGAGAAAUACCUUGAGCAGGAAAGGUCAAGAGUUGAAGAGGAAAAAAGAAGAUUUGAAGAGCAACGGAUGGAAUUUGAAAGAAAACGUAUUGAAAAUAUGGAAAAAGAAGAUGAGCUACGAAGGGCUGCUGAUGAUCUCCGAAGAAAUGAAGAAGAGAAAGUCAAAGCAGAGAAAAAGAUAUUAGAAGAUGAGAGGAGAGAAUUUCAGAGACAAAAAUUAGAAUUAGAAAACUUGAAAAGGGAUAGAGAUUCCAUGGGAAGUAGAACUGGUGAUCGGAAUUUGCUUCAGUAUCAGAGAAGCUUGGAGGAAAGAUUGGCCUAUGAGGAUUCAGGAGAUUUUGUGAAUACAGGUAUCAAGAAUAGAAAUAUCACAAACAAUGGUGCUGCAGAUGGAGAUGAUGAGUUUGAUGAAAUGUUAAGUCAACUGGAGGAUGAAGCUGAGAUGAUGUUGAAGAAACAGGCACAUCCAUCAUCUACCACCGCUCUGGAGCAGAGACCAAAAAUGAACCAUUCAAAGGAUUCUGAAACAAAAAGUGCUGGCAACCUUUUAGGGGGACACAUGAGUGAGGGUGCUAUUCCAUACAAGCCAGCCAAUGCAACGUUCAGCUUGGACACAUACAGCUCAAUGAUCAUUCACCCGACAGUGAGUUCCUUUAAACCAGCCUGGAAGGCUGUUCUUGAUGAGCAUGAUGGUCUGUCAUUUACAUCAAGUGAGGGCGGUGACAGCAUGGAUGAUGUCGCAGAUACUGUCAUCCAGCCGCCAUACUUUGCAUCAACUCCUCUACCACAGUUGAACACAAGCGUUAAUGCUAACACCAGUCAUGAGGGCGCCUUGAGAAUGCAUGCAGCCCUUCGAGACCAUAAGAGAAUAGUUGAGAAAGAACGAACAGGUAGAGUGAAUGCUGAGAACCAAAGCAAAGCAUUGCAAUCAGAAAACAAGGAGUUGCACAGGCAAAAAGCUGAGCUUAUCAGAACAAAGAAUGAAUUGGAGCAGCAGUUAGUGGAGCUUGAAUCAAAGAUACGAGACCUCGAAUUUCGUCUUGUUCAGGAGGUAGAAAAACGUCACAACUCACAGAUUAUCCUGGAAAAAACGAGGGAACAAUUGGCGCGCAAAGAAGAGCUCUAUAGUGUAGAGAUUGAUGCACGACAAAAAACGGAACUGAAUUCCCGCAACACCAUACUUGAACUAAGAACGGUACAGAAUAACAUUAAACAACUUGAAGAGGAAUGUGAUGAGCUUAGAAAGCAACUCCUGCAAGAACGCAACACUAGGGCCCUUCAAGAAGAAUUUAGCUAUGACAUUUCAAAGAAACAUGAAUUCAUGAAAGAGCAUAAAGAAAACAAAAAGGAUGAUAAGGCUGAGAUUAUCAAUCGACUUGAACUUGCAGAUGAGAACAGAAAAACAGCACUGUCAACCAAUGACAAACUCAAAGACGAACUUUACCUACUGAAGGUUGAAUAUGAAAGACAGAAGAUAAAGUACAAGGACAGCCAUGGAUUGCUGGCUUCAGAGAAUGAAGAACUUUCUCACAAAAUAGAACAACUGAAAAAUGAUAUUCAUGUUAACGAUGAAGCUUUAGCACAUGCAACGUACACAUUCAACACGCAACUGGCAGCCGUGAAAGCUGAAAAUGUGAGGCUUCAUUCAGAAAUAGAAAAAGAUAGAAGUGAGAAAGGAAAGCUCAUAUCAGAGCUGAAUUCUAUUGGUAAUCGGCUUGAGACGACAUCGCGGGAGCUGGAGAAAUCGCAGCAAGCCCGUACCGAACUUGAAAAGGCUAUGCAGCGAGAACGUGAUGAGGCACAACAGAUGCGAAUCAAGAGAGAACAAGAUCUGAUUACGAGCAAGGAUGCCACACAGGCUAACGCUGUUCGACUUGGUUCAGCUGAGACAAGAAUUAUCAGUAUGGAGAAUGAGAUUCAUGUCACCCAGUCAACGUUGAUGGAACGUAACAACCAGCUGAUGUCAUUACAGCGUGAGCUUGACCAACGGACAAACAAACUACAGAUGCAGGAUGUGCUCCUACAACGAGAAAAGGAAGAGAAACUCAGACUAGCUGCCAAGUUCGAGACAGCGACUGAAAGGCUCAGUGAAGCUCAGAAUGAUGUCGCAGACUUGAAAAAAUCUCUAGAAAAGGCACAUUCCGAGAAACAUCUGAAAGACAGGGAAGCCACAGAUGUCACGGACAAACUAAAUGAGACCCUUCAUACAUUACGUGCCGACAAAGACAGGGCCCAGGUGUUGCUGGAAGAAAAGAAUGAAAAUUUGUCACAAACAAUUUCUCAGUUGAAGAAUGAAUUACAAGAACGAAACAAAACAGGCAGCUUGAAGGACCAGGAUGCUAAAGCACUUCAACAGAAUUUAAUGGAUACAACAACCAAGUUAUCUGUUGCAGAGGCUCAUCUUCAUCAUGCUGUCAAUACACAAGAAGCAAUUGUGAGAGAAAAGAAUUUACUUAUGAAACAACUGGAACAAAUGGAGGAGAAGUUGAUCUUGUCUGGACGUGACCAUGAUACAUUGAUUACAAAGAUUGAGCAAUUAGAGGACAAGUUAAGCCAAGCAGAGAGGUCUAAAUUUGAAGCUUCGGAACAACUAUCUACUGCCAAGGUCGCAGUUCAGCAAAAGGCAGAGUUGGAUGAUCGCUUACGUGAAGUUGAAACAAAGAAUGCACGUCUUGAGGUGAUGUUGAAACAGGAAAGUGCGCGCUGCGAAACUCUUGAAAAGAAUUUACAGGAGGCACAUAAGAUGCAGACAGGAAUGGAGGCCAUUGUAAACAACUUGAAUUCAGCUAACCUUCACAUGGAAGGCAAGCUAACUGAUGAAGCUGCUGCAAGAAGUGUGUUUGCUAAGGAAGCUGAAGAACACAAAGAUAUGUGGGAAACAGAGGUCAAAUCUAGGUCAAGUCUUGGUAUCAAGAUGGCUCAGCUGCAAAGAUCACGAGCUGGAAUAAUGGAACAGGUUGAAGAAGAAAGGAGAAGAACCAGGAAAAUGGCUGAAUUAAAGAGAGUAGUGGAGGGUAAACUUGAAAAUGAAACUCAAAGAUAUCGACAGCUGGAACAAGAGAUGAACACCACCAAGAUGAAACUGAAACUGGCCAAGAAAAAAUUGAAGGAUCUGGAGAUGCCUGAACUGCGUAUCAAUAGUAUAAAGUCUGAUUUUGAACGUGAAAGAAUCAACAUGGAUGCCACGGUUGCAUCGUUACGAAGACAGUUGGAGGAUGUUAGUCAGCAAUUAGAACAAGAAAACAAACUAAGGUCAGAGCUUGAGGUUAUCAACCGCCAAUUACAGAGAGAUGCAUCUUCUGUGAAGAUAAUAGGAAAAGGAAAAGAGAAGCUAGAAAAAUCAAAGAAGAGACUUGAAGAGGAAUUACAUGUACUGAAGGGUGCCCUUCAUCAAGAUUUUAUAGAGAAAGGUGAAUUAGAAAGAUACAAACAAGAACUGGAUGCCAAGGCUCGUAUAGAGAUUAACGAGAAGUUAGAUCAGGUGAACGCUUACUUGGAAGAGCAGGCUCAAGCACGAGAAAAAUUAGAACAACUUAGAAACUCAAACGAGGAGGAUAUGAGGAAAGAGCUAGAUAACACGAUCACCAGUCAAAAGGCUGAACUAGUGAAACUAAGAUCAACGUAUCAUGAUAUUCAGACACAGAAGGACUCGGCACAGGCUGAAGCUGCAAGGUUCAAGGAGCUGUAUGAAAGGGAAUUAAAAUCGAAAGAGAAAAUGUCCAGAGAUCUUGAGAACGAGAGGGACAGGUCAUCAAACUAUGAAAGCAAACUCAACUUUGAACGACAGAGAAAUCAGCAUUUGAAAGAAGCCAGUAUAUCACCGACUUCACCAAUUUUAAAGCGAAAUCCUCGAAAUAAUACAGAAAUAGACUCGUUUACUGAAAAGGUGUGGAGUGAACUUGAUAAAAGUAUUUCAAGACACCUGAGAUCAGCUUCCGUGGAGAUUGGUCCAAAUAUCGGAGAAGCACGAGAGAAUCUGGCCAAUGGAUUUGACAGGUCAAGAAGUGCCAGUGCCCGGCAACAAAAUAACCAGUACAUGGACACUCUGCGAAGAAAUUACUUUGUCUGAAUAUAAGUAGACUCUAUUUAACACGUGCCUGUAGAAUUGGCAUGCAAGCAUUAGGUUUUUUCUCUUGGUAUCUCGUGCAAUACACUGAUCAACCUAAACAGUUAAAUAUAUUAUUUAAUUUUAUGACAACAAAAUUCUCUUUUACAAGGAUGUGAAUAUAUAAAAUAUUUAAUGACAUUGAUUCAGGCAAAAAUUACUUCAAAUACAUACCUAUGGUGCUCAUUUGUAUUUUUAAUAUUAGAUUUUUGAAAUUUUUUUUUAAAUUUAUUUAUUUUAUUAUAUUUUUUGGUGAAUUUAGAAAGAACAGAAUAGAUUGAUGUGAUUAGAAUAUUAAAAUGUUAAAAAAUAUAUAAUUAAUAAAUAAUAUUGUAUAUAAUAUUAAAUUGUAAAUAUCGAUAUUAGUGUGAAAUAUUUUAUAUUAACCAAACCUUGAACUAAAUAACCUUGAAAAAAUCCCUUUUUAUAUAUUUAUUAGAAUUUAAAUAUAUCCAUUGUAGGUAUUGAGCUAAUACAUUAAUUGGUUUAAUAUUACAAUUUUAAACAGUAAACAGUGUGUUUAUUGACGUGUUGUGUUAUAGGGGUUUUUUUAAGCUACUAACAAAUAUUUUUUAAGUUAUUCUUUGUGUCCUUUACAAUAACAUUAAAUACUUUUUGUUUGUAUGUAUUCAGUGUACUAGUUUUUGAAACGGGCAAUAUUUUGUAUUCCUUUCCCACAAUUCAUUGCAACAGGUGUAUUUGCAACAUGUAUUAGUAUCAGUACCCAUAGCAACAAUACCCAUAGCAACAGUAGUUAUAGCACGAAAAGUUAAGAUAAUUGAAUUUGUUUCAUUGGUGCAUAUUGUUUGUUUUCGUCCAUUAUUUUGCAAUUUUUAAAUUAUCAUAUUAAAAAUAAUAUUACAGCUUUGUUACAUAUAUAACAGAAAUUUUUAACUAUGCAUAAUAUAAUGUUGCAUUUUUUUUUAUAGUCAAUGUAUUGUGCAAUUAAUUUUCAUUUUGUUCCGUCCAUUUGUACUUUUGAGGUUGUUGUGCACAUAAAAAAAAAAUAUAAAAUUAAUGUGCUUAGGCUUUGCAUAUUGUUUCAACUGCCAUGCUAGUUUAGUUUAGGGGGUCAGAUGAGUAGAGUGUGUGCAUAUGUUUAUCAAGUUUUGCUAUUAAAGUUAAAUUUGCCUAAGCUGACUUUGCCUUAAACAAUUUCUAAAGUCAAUCUUAUUUUACAUGCCAAAUUGUGUUUUUUAUUAACAAUCUUUAAGUCAAAUUUUAUCGAAGUCGAAUAAUUUUUCAAUUCCAUUUUGGAUUUGACUUAGGCAAAUUCAACUGUAUUACCAUAAUUUCUAUUUCCUCUUUGACGAUUAAAGUGUCAAAAAAGGGGUGCAGGCAAUUUCUAAUUAUAUAUUGUCCCCAAUAUAAAAAAAAUAAUGGUUUGAAUUGCUCCAAGUUUUUAGCAUUCAACUGAAAAUUAGAAAGAAUUUUCUUCUCCAAUUAAAGAAUGUGUACUAAUAGUUACUUCAGAUUUUUUACAUAGAA